AUGGAGCUUGAGCAUACAAUUGAGAGGUUAUUAGCAAAAAAGAGCAAAUUUAUAAAGUUAAAUAAAACUAUUGGUAAGCUUCCUGUAACUGUUGAAUCACCAAGAGGCAUGUUUUUUGAAGAUAUGUUUGAUAUAUGUGUGAUAGAACUCGCGCAGUUAAUUGUAGAUUUAGAUCCAACAAGAAUACGUGAACUUUGGUGUAUUUCUUCUAUUAAUAAAAAAAGCAAGCAUUUUAUUGUAUUAUAUGAUAACACUAUGCAUCUGUGUAUAUGCUUGACAUUAAUUAAUCAUGGUCUUGUAUGUCAUCAUUUUUUUGCAAUAAUGCUUGUUUCUUCAAUUGCUAAAUUUCAUAUUGGACUUUUACCACAACGUUGGUAUACAAAUGUAUUAGUUAUAGAGGCAGAUUCAACACUUUCAAAUGUACCAGCAAUUUCAUUGUUAUCAAAUAAUGGAUUUGCAAUUGAAACAGGUAGAAUAGAAGAGUUUUACAAAAUAUAUGAUAAGCUUAUCAAAGAGAUGGAAUCUAAAGUGACUCAAAUUAUACAAGACAAUGAAAUUACUGAAUUUGCUUGCAAAAAAAGACAAGUGGUUGAAUGUAAUCAGAAUAAAGAAAAUAGCAUUUAUGAUAAUGACCAUAGAGAAUUGCCACAUAAAAGGCUUCGAAAAGCAUUACAAGAUAAUUUAAAUACAGCACAUUUAGAUGAUGUGGAAUUUGUAGCCAAAAAGGCCAUAAUGCAUGAAUUUGCUCAAAUAAUAAUUGAGUUAAGAACUAAAUUUGUAGCUUAUUAG